UAGCUUCAAUGACCCACAAGGUCAUAUCGUCGAACAAAAAGAGCCCUUUAUUAGAAUUUUUGUGGACGUGUCUUAAGUUCAAGUUUAAUCAACAGUACCAGUAGUGUUUAUAUACACCCUACUUCACUCACUCAUCGGUUGCUGUUUGAUCGGUUGUGGGAGGAGAAACAAAUCAGUACGCUGAAGAAACGAAAUCGAACGCUUAUUUCGUACGACUUUGACAUGAUGAGCGGAACUAAGGACAAGGGAGAACUGUUGAUUAUAGCUAAUUUGGCUGAGCAGUCAGAAAGAUAUGAUGAUAUGCUGGAAGCUAUGAAAAGCAUAGUGGUAAUGUCUAAAGUUCUGGAGACAGAGGAGCGAAAUAUGCUGUCUGUGGCCUACAAAAACGUUAUCGGUGCCAGACGUGCAGCAUGGAGAAUAUUCAGUGGCCUGGAGGUGAAACACGAAGGGGACGCUAAGAGCAAAAAAACUGUGACAGAAUACAGGGAGAAGGUAGAAAAGGAGAUACAAGAAAUAUCCUCCGGAAUUUUGAAACUUUUAGAUGAUCAUCUUAUACCGAAUGCUGACACAGAAGAGUCUAAAGUAUUUUUCUAUAAAAUGAAGGGCGAUUACUACCGAUACCUCACGGAGAUUUUACAAGGCGAUGAACGUAAGGCCCCAUCAAACCAAGCGUUGGAGGCCUACAAAGCUGCAGAUGAAGCUGCCUCCAGGCUGCAGUCCACGCACCCCAUCCGACUGGGCUUGGCACUAAACUUCUCCGUGUUCUACUAUGAGAUACUCGAUUCCCCAGAUGCUGCCUGUAAACUGGCGAAGGCAGCGUUUGAUGAGGCUGUGAAGGAUCUGGACCCGUCCGGAAACGAAAGCCAAUACAAAGAGAGCACUUUGAUUAUGCAGCUUCUGAGAGAUAAUUUGACACUAUGGACUUCGGAAAUGCAGGAGGAAGGUGUAGAAGACGACUGAGUCAGCCAUAUCUAUUAUCAACAUUGAAAAAACUGACCUUGUCUUAAGGAAAAUUAAUCUAGCUGGACGAUAACUGAAACACUUAUCAUAGAAAGAAUAUUUUAUUUCUAAACCUCUGACUUACCAGAAUUUAGCGUUCUAUAAAUGAAGGAAAGUUGUUGGGAGGUUGGAAAGCUUCUAACAAAAUGGAAAAACAUGACACAAAUUUAAACAACAGUACUGUCAACAGUGACACCCUUAAUUAUAGGCUAUAAUUAGGGGGGUUUUAGCUCAAGAAGGGCCAACUAUAUCUUUCCAUCCACCUUAUGCUUUUGAAUGCAAGAAUUUUGUUCUUUCGCAAUUUUACCGGUACGCUCUAAUACACGCCUCACUUUUCGGUUCCAAGCCGUCACCUGGAACACUAGAAAACAGCCUCUUUCCAAGGAUUUACUGGUAAUUUCACUGUCUGCAGUAAGAAGAAAGGGAAUGAAACUGUGUAUGAUUACAGGGAUAUGUCUUUGCUCAAAAAUACGUCAAUUUUUUCUUCGUUUAGCAAAUCAGCGAUACUCUGAGCAGUACGUCAUGCAAGCAAGUAAUUCAAUAAAAUUAUCGUCCCCCCCCCAGCCAAGAAGACCUGCAAUAUGGGGACCGGUCAUCAUUUAUCGCCGAAGGGGGUAGGGGUCAGAGGAUUUUGGUUGUGUCACGAUAAAAACUGUUGGCGACGACUAGUACCCCUUCCGUUCCCCUUUAAAACCAUGUGAUCCUCCCAACCCCCCCCCCUCCCCCCCCAAAACCCGGCAAUAAAUAACGGCUGAUCCCUAAUGACAAUAACUUGAGAAGAAAUUUACUAAAAUCUGUAGUCUGAUAAACGCCUUUUAGUCCUCUCAAUUUAUAUUUUUGUAGUAAAGCCACAGAGUUUCAAAAAGAAGACAACUUGUCUUUUUUGAAAUAUUUUUGGGAGUUAGCAAGCGCCAAACGUAGACAGUUAUGAAUCGCUCAUAGCCUCCUGUCAGAGAAUAUCAUUAAUGCAAUUAGCUUUGCAAAUUUAAACUUGAGAGCUGGUACUUUAGUGUAAAUAAACACCUGAAAACUUCA